ACCAACGAAAGUAGGACGAAAUUCAGCCUACAUAACUCGCUACUUGUUCUCAUAGUAGCCUGCAUUGACUUUUUAUUCAAUUUAAACUGUUUAUUCAUUCAAUUAGCAUCAUGUGACUGACUGCACGGCCUAAAAUAGACAUCAGUUUAAUAAUAAACACAACAGAACACCCGCAUACAUUAACAAACUAAUAAAUUAAAGAGUGUAUAGUUUUUCAUUUACCGUAAAUUAAUCGAUAUUAAAUGCGAAAAAUUAUCCGUAUACAGUUGUAAACAGUCUUAAUAGUGUCGUAUAACUGUUAAUAAACAUUAUUAUCGAGAUAAAUCCGCAGUGCUUUGUUAAAAUAGUGAAUUUAUAUGGGAAUAACGUUGACAAAAUAUAAAGUUGUAUUUUUACGUAAUAUUUGAAGAAUAUAAUUAAAGUGUUUAGUGGUGUGGUGAUUGAGGAAACUGUUAAUAUAUCUGUAACAACGAUGGAACACAAUGAUCUGAACGAAAUAUGAGACAACGCCAUCUAGCGGCCGAUGGGCGGACUACGUACGAUGCAACUAGCUCCAUCUGUUGAUCGAUAAACGAGAUGCCACGCUUAAAAUAUGCGUCGGUUGCCAGAGUUGUUGUUAUACUCGGGCUCUUUUGUCUAUGGCUACAGAUUAUGCUUUCCGCGUCCACUGGCGGGAUGUACAGGGAUGGAGGUGAAGAUAAUAGCAUUCAAAUGCAGUGGGCGUUGUUCAAAAUUAAACCGAAUCGUUCAGAUGUUACCGUAACAAAUCAUAGUUUGGAUUCUAAACCGCUCUCCUUACCAUUGAAAGAGGAGCUGAUGAAUGCUAAUGACACAUCUGAGCAAGUAUUAGCAUUGGUGCCGCCUGAGCUUCAUAAGUAUUUGACAGUACAUCCAAGAAAUAAUUCAGGAAACACAACAGACCGCAUCGCAGUGAAGAAUAUAACAGAAAUAAAGCAAGCCAUCAAGAGAUACAAUGACGCGCAGACAAUAUACAAUGAGGACAUAUUUGGAGCAGUCCAGAACGACACUGUUAUUAUUGCUAUACAAGUACACACCAGACUGACGUACCUACGGCACCUGAUCGUGUCGCUAGCUCAGGCGAAGGAGAUCGACAGGACUCUGCUGAUAUUCUCACACGACUACUACGAUGAAGAAAUUAAUAAUUUAGUUAGGAGCAUUGAUUUUACUAAGGUGAUGCAAAUAUUCUACCCAUAUUCCAUCCAGACCCACCCACAUGAGUUUCCGGGAAUGGAUCCCAACGACUGUCCCAGGGACACUAAAUUUGAACAGGCUGUAAAACUAGAAUGUAACAACGCCUUAUACCCGGACCUACACGGACACUACAGGGAGGCAAAGUAUACUCAAACGAAGCACCACUGGUGGUGGAAAGCCAAUAGGAUCUUCAAUCAGCUGCAAUGCACUGCCGGGCAUACAGGUUACGUUCUCUUCUUAGAAGAGGACCACUACGUAGCAGAAGAUUUCUUGCACAUACUAAAUCUUCUGAAGUCGACCGCUGAUAAAAGUUGCCCGCAAUGUGAGAUGUUGUCUUUAGGCACUUAUCUAAAGACCUACCAAUAUCAUGUGAAUGGAGAUAAGCGAAAGAAGAAUAUGAAUCUCAACUACAUACAACAAGUUAAGCUAGCGAAUGAAGAGCGAAGAAAGAAACAUGAAAACAACCCGACAUGGAACUUCCAAGUAUAUCCCCAUCUCUACACGGCCACGCAAAAGGUAGAAAUAACGCCAUGGCAUUCGAGCAUGCAUAACAUGGGGUUCGCGUUUAACAGGACAGUUUGGAAUCAUAUAAUGAAACAACAGAGUCAGUUUUGUGCGUACGAUGACUAUAACUGGGAUUAUUCUUUAUUACAUUUGUCCCAGAACAUGCCAGGGAGGGAGAAAUUUAAAGUUAUUGUGUGUAAAGGGCCGCGAGUGUUUCAUAUUGGUGAAUGCGGUUUCCACCACAAGAAAUCGAACUGCAACGCCUCGACAGUGAUCAGUAAAGUGCAGAAGUUACUUCAGAAUGCCAAACCCUACCUGUAUCCGACGCGAGUGAGUGCGCAGGUGACGGCCGGCGGCGCUAAACAUAACAAGAAACUAGUGAAGGGGAAUGGGGGAUGGGGGGAUAUUAGAGAUCAAGAACUGUGCACAAAUAUGACAAAAGUGGGUAGGCAGCAUAGGCACACGAUAUUUUACGCGUAAAUUUUAAGUGUAACGCAUCCUGUAUAAAGGUGAUUGGGUUUCGAAACACCCUGUAUACACAUAGUACAUUCCACAUACUGUACAUACGAAGUUAAAUGCGCACGAAUUUGAACUCUAUGCUGUAGAUUUUAAAAGUGAUUUUGUUUUGACGGCAUGCAAAGGUCCCAAAAGGUAAAAUGGACCUUACUGCGUUGAAAAUAUGACACAUAUUUAGCUGCAGAGAAUUAUUGGUGUUAAGUAAAUUAGCCUUUGCCUUGCAAUAACGAUUCUUAUGUCUACGGAAUAGAGAUCAAAAUUCGUUGUUGUAAAAUGUGAAAGAAAAUUACGAUAACAGGCCAUAAGAAUGGCCACAAUUGAUACACAAAAUGCAAUUUUAUUAUAAUUUAUAUUUUUUUUGUGAAUAACCUCGAAUGGUAGUUUUUAGAACAAAACCAAUAAUAAUGUUGCCACUUUAGAAAAAAAACUACCAAAAUUUGGUAGCUUUUUUGUCAGUGGUAGCAAUUUCACGUAUUAAGAAUUGUACUUAUUAUUUUAAAUGUACAUAAAAUUAGUUAUUGAUUAAUAUAUUAUUUGUAUAGACGGAUAGAAACAUCAAUUUUCAGUUGUAUAUAUGUAUAAUAAUUAUGUAGGGUGACUGGUAAUUAGUGAACGAUAUUUAAACACGUGAUUGUACUCAUGAUUACAAACAACUUUCCCGAAGAAACUUUUUUUGUAUACUCAUUA